GCGCCCGGGAGCCCUGCGAAGGGCCCGCGGCCGGCGUUGUGCCGGGGCAGCCGGGCAAUGAGCCCCGCAGCCCUGCGACGCGCAGAUGUACGCGGAUUCAGCGCUCGGGUUUUAAAAAAUCUCGUUCCCGCCGGCAAAUCGUGCGCUCGGAAACAAGCUGCACGCGUUAAAACCGAGGGAUUUCGGCUCAGGUGAUGUCCCCGUGGAGGCCGGCCUGAGCCUCCUCGGAUCGGGAGGACAAGUAUGGUCCCCACAGACGCCCGGGAAGUAGAGGGGUGAGAGCUGAGGAGCAGGAUGCAGCAGGGAGAAAAGAAAGGAGCUGGUCUUGCUUGGUGUGAGGACAAACAGCCAGUGCCAUCCCAUAAGGGCCUACUAGAAGACAGUCUUCCUGUCUCCCUGGUAAAAGCUGGCGUAUCAUUUCUGCAUUUUAUUUAGCUUUUAAUCCAUGAAGCUGUUCAAUACACAGUUUCCAUUGCACCAUUGCAGAAGAGAAGCAAGUGGAGAUGCACUGGGUAGUAAUACUCAGGCACCGGAGGCUUCUCUCAGACAUCCAGCAGCCACUAGUCCAUCGCAAGGCUUCUGCUCUUGCCACUGGUCUCCACUCACUCAAAGGACUGACUGAGACAUGGUGAAAACAACAGCAGCCUCAGUUUCCAAGUUAUUUUGUUCUUUCCAGUAAGGUAAAGCAACAGAAGUCACAAGCGACAGUUUAUAGGUGUAAUUAGCCAGCCUCCUAAAACAAUUCUUUGGCUAAUGACUUCGGUUUUUUAAAAUGCGGAAUACAGAAUGAAUUAAAAUCUGUUGCUGUUUUACUGUAAGUCCCAUAUAUUUAUUUUUCCUCCUAUGAAGUGCCAAACCCAUCUCAAAAAAAAAAAAAGAAAAAAAGAAAAAAAGAAAAGAAAACAGCCAGAGGACUGUUUCAAAGCCCUGACGUUCAGCAGGAGGAAAUGCCUGUGUGUAAAGCAGGAACAGAAACAGCAGGUGUGCUCCAGGUGAGGGCACCUACCAGCCUAAGGCAUGCAAAGGAUUCCCACCGAGAAGAGAAACCAGAGCAAACCAGGAAACAAAAAGAAAUAUUCAAGCUGUCCACGCUGGAGACUGGUAAGGGAACAAUCCGGUCAGCUUGGUUAAUCAUUACUGAGACAGACUGUACAGAAGUUCACGGUUGAUCACACAGCAGAAACCUGUUUGAGAUAAGAAAGCACCCAUCACAAGCAGUAAGAAAUGAGAAGACUCCCAAAUCAGAUUUUCUGAACAUAUUUUUUGCUGGGAGAGAAAGGGAUCCAUGCUCUUCCAUUGUUCCAAGACUUCAGCCCAAACACAGUUCUUUUGUUGCUUUCCUGUUCAGAAGAGGAAGUGAGAAAUUCCCUCCACAUGUGCUCCAGCACUUGAAUGCUCAGGUUUCACUCCUGAAUCAGGAGCUGCCUGUAAUGAGCUCCCGGUGGGGCUUGGAGAGAAGGUUCAGCUGAGGCAAGAGUUGUUUCAUUUUGUGCCAGAGGAAAAGGGGAGGAAGAAAUCCUGCAAAGAACUAAAAUGUUGAUGGUGCAAAAAAUUGCCUAAGGAUAUUACAACUGGGAAAAGUGAAAGAAAAGAAGAAACAGAGGAAGGCAUAAAGAAACAGAGCAGCAGGAUGGGAAACUUUUGUCAGAAGCAUUGCAUCUGCUUGAAGCCCUGUGCCCCUUGCAUAUACUCAGGGGGAGAAAGUGAGCAGGAUGAGAAGGUCGGCCAAGUCUUCACCAAUCUUGCUGUAGUAGGAGAUGGCUUCCAAACAGGGUGGAAAGACAGAGACAGUGAGAUAAGAGAUAAACCUUUGCCUCCACUGCCUGAGCAGCAUCUGGUGAAUAUUUGCAGAUUUGUGGCACUCUUUGACUAUGAGGCUCGCACUGAGGAGGACUUGAGCUUCCAAGCUGGGGAUAAGCUUGAGGUGCUGGAUGCUUCCCAUGAGGGCUGGUGGUAUGCUAGGCUCCUCCUGCCGAGGGGGUCGGUUUGUCCUGGCCGCAAACUCCAGGGCUACAUCCCUGCCAACUACGUAGCUGCUGACCAGAGCAUCGAAGCUGAACCGUGGUUUUUUGGCCCAAUCAAACGAGCAGAUGCAGAGAGACAACUGUCAUAUCCUGGAAACCGGACAGGUGCCUUCCUAAUCCGAGAAAGUGAAAGUCUAAAAGGCGAAUUCUCACUUUCAGUUUUUGAUGGUGAAUCUGUGAAGCACUACAGGAUCAGAAAGCUGGAUGAAGGAGGUUUUUUCCUGAGCAGACGGAGAACUUUUAAAACUCUGAAUGAGUUGGUUGACUAUUACAGUAAAAGCAAUGAUGGCCUCUGCGUGACACUUGGGAAGCCAUGUCUAAAGGUACAAACUCCUACUACUUUCGAUUUGUCUUAUAAAACUGUGGAUCAAUGGGAGAUAGACCGAAACUCUCUGAAAUUCUUGAAGAAAUUAGGAUCUGGUCAGUUUGGUGAGGUGUGGGAAGGACUGUGGAAUAAUACCACCCCUGUGGCUAUCAAAACAUUAAAACCAGGUUCAAUGGAUCCAAAGGACUUUCUGAGGGAAGCACAAAUAAUGAAGAACUUGAGACAUCCAAAGCUAAUACAGCUUUAUGCUGUUUGUACUUUAGAGGAUCCGAUUUAUAUUAUUACUGAGCUGAUGAGAUAUGGAAGUCUUCUAGAAUACCUUCAAAAUGAUGCCGGUGCCCACAUCUGUCUGUCUUAUCAAGUAGAUAUGGCUGCUCAGGUGGCUUCAGGGAUGGCUUACCUUGAAUCCCAGAACUAUAUUCAUCGGGAUUUGGCAGCCAGGAAUGUCCUUGUUGGUGAACACAAUGUUUACAAAGUGGCAGAUUUUGGACUUGCAAGAGUUUUUAAGGUAGAAAAUGAAAAUAUAUAUGAAGCUAAGCAUGAAACAAAACUCCCAGUGAAAUGGACAGCUCCUGAGGCAAUCCGCUGCAAUAAAUUCAGCAUUAAGUCAGAUGUGUGGUCAUUUGGAAUACUUCUAUUUGAAAUAAUCACUUAUGGGAAGAUGCCGUAUGCUGGUAUGGCAGGACACCAAGUGAUCCAGAUGUUGGAUAAGGGAUACAGACUUCCUCAGCCAGACAACUGUCCAAAGCCACUCUACGAUAUCAUGCUGCAGUGCUGGAAGGCGGAGGCCAAAGAACGGCCCACAUUCGAAACCUUGCAGUGGCAGCUGGAAGACUAUUUUGGAGUGGAUGAUUCAUCCUAUGCAGACACAUGUACUAUUUUAAAAUGAACCCUGAGGCAGGCGCUGAAGAAAAAGCUAAUGAUCACUUCAAUGAACCUGACUGGAAGGGUCAGUGUGAAAUCAAUUUAACCUCAAAAGUAGAACGAGAGGUUAUUAGAUGAAACUAAUGAAUUUGGUACAUUUUCAUGCCUGUGUCAGUACUCAAAGACACUUCAGAUUUUUGCUGCUGGUAAGUACUCUGCAAGACUAAGCAUCAGAAGGCUGGAGGGGUGGGGGCUGCUAAAAUGUAAACUCUCUUCUAUUUAUUUUUUAAAUGACAGAUCAUAAGAAUGAACAAAUGAAAUGAAUGUUGUUCAGUAAGCAUUGUAACAUUUCAUUAUUUCCUUAUUAGAAUAAUUAUUUUUUGUUCCUUGGAUUUUUGAUUCCUAUCAGUUUAUUCUUAUGAAGGAAUUUGAUUGCUCUGCACAGCAGGAUCUGUGCUUUGAGACUUUUCUUAUUAAAAAAAAAAUCCUGUGACUAAGAUGAUGGCAAAACCCAGAUUAACUGCCUUGCUUAGACCUGUGGUACAUGUGCCUUUGCUAUGUAAGAAAAUAAAACACAUUUGUGGUAAAAAAGGAAAUUUUUUGUUCUGUGAUUGCAAAGAAUUUUUUUUAUUAGUUUGACUACUGUGUCUCUCUUGCAAGAAUGAAUACAAAUAUUAUUAGAUUCUUAAUGCUGAAUAUCAAAUAGUGUUAUGGAACAGAUGAGUUAUUGUCCACUGAAGUGUAAAGAUUUGUUUUAUAGUUCAUCAAACUGAGAAAUGUUGGAGGAAAAGAUAUUUUUUGAAUGAAAUCAGGACUGCCUUCACAUCUUGGAGUGAACUUCCUCCUACCCUACUGCCCAAAUUGCCAAUCUGCUCCAACACAAGGCCCAGAGCAGGUCUAGGUAUUUUUCAGAAGAACUAGCAAUUCAUACUUCCAUCUUCUCCAAAUGUAACUUUACUACAGUAGAUUUAAAUAAUGGAUGAUCCAGUUUAUUUUGUUUCAUGGGGAAAUGGAGCCCAGGUGCUUCGGCUUCUGUCUUUACAGUCAACGAUUUUAGAAGUUUUUUGCAGUUCUUCAAAUUAGUUACAAUAUCAGUUCUGCUAAAAUUGGAAAUCAUUGCAACAGUUUUAUGUUCUCAGUUGUGAAGUUUAGAGAUCAUUUACUUAUGAAUCAUCAGUUAAUUAUUUAACAUCAUCCAGGAAUUAAGAGCUGUACUGUGUUCACAUAGUGUGGGCUCAGUAUAAGUGUGCUAUCAUUUUCUUCUAAUAUCAGUAGUAUGUGAUGUCUACACAUAUGGUCUGAAAAAGGUAUAAAUAAGUGAAAAGAUUCAUUACUUUAAAGGUGGGGUCUCUUUUAUUACUUCUGUUCUUUAUUAUUUCCUUUUCUUCUUUUUAUACUUGAAAUCCAUUCAUCUCAGUGCCUUGCUUCUAAUUUUUAGUUUCCUUUUUCCCUCCUCUACUUUUGGAAGGCAGCACACCUUUCCCCCCCCCCCCCCCCCCAUACACAGCUCUUAUGUACUAUCUUUUCAGAACUCCAUUGCUUAUUUAUUUUCUCCUCUUUCUAUCUUACUAUCCUUAUAUUCUCUCUAAUGUUCUGUUUCUGUUCACCUUCAUUUUCUGUGCAAUGUUUCUCCCUAGUAGCACUCUCUAUACUAAUUACAUUUGUAAAGCAUAAUACAGCAAUAAUUAAUGAGCUGUCAUAACAUCCAUGUGAUCUUGGAAAGUCACCAUCCGCUCUGAAAGAAAAGGUUAAAUACUUUGGCCAAACCCAUCCUGAUAAGAAUUGGCUUUGAAUGAACUUGGCUUGGAAUGAACUUUGUUCCCAAGGAAAGUCUCGUGCUGUAAUACCAUCCCUGUUUGUUUUGAGGCUCAUGCUAACAACUGGCUCGUGACCCCAACAAGAUGUUAUUUAUGAUUAUCAAGCCUCCAUCAAUCCAUGUGUCUCUGUUCUGGCUAGGAGCUAUGUUAGCACCAUUACAAUGUGAAGUUAGCAAAUAGUUUUAUGUAAUAAGAAUAGGAAUGUUGUUAUUUCUCAGAAAAAUCUCUGCAUCAAACUUUCAAUCUUGGUGUUCAGGCACUAUUUCCAGGAUGAUUUUUCAGACUGAAAACAUUAAGAUUGUUGUAAAUAAAAGUUGAAUUUGCUCAAUUUAAUUAAAAAUAAAAUGCUGAUAAAAGAAGUAAAAGCUUAAAAAGCACAGAAUUGUGCAAUUCA